GUGAAAGUGUCAAAGGUAGAGGAGGAGGUAAGUAAUUUGGAUGCAAUUGGCUACAAUUAUGGUGGGAUGUGUGUUGUUAUUGGAUCCCCAAGAGGCAUGUUUGUCAAUACCUUAGAUGAUGUAUUGGAGCCCUAUUCCAUCACCAAUCACAAUGUCAUUGAGGCCUUCAUAAGGAGUAUGAAGAAAGAGUUUUCUCGGAUUAGAAUUGGACCAUCCAGGAUGGAAAAGCUCAAAUCCAAAAACCCAACCAAGGUUGAAGACGGCAUGAAAUACAGAAAGAGAAAAAAAUCGAGGAGCAAUAUUCAGGGAUUGAUCUGCCUGGCUCCCUGGAUGCCAAAUAAGAAAUUUGUCAAGUAG